CCAAUCAAUGAAACGUAUAACACAGUUAUGCAGGCAUUUCCAUGUGCGCUUUAAGCACCAGGGCACCCCUGUGCCUUAGUACUAUUCAAUUUAUUCAAUGUUUACACCAAUUUGUAUAGCUAUAAUCUUUCAACAGGGGAAAGAUGAGCACUGAUACAUUAAAUGAUUUGGUCGCCAUCAACCUUGAGGCCCCCAGCUUGGCCCAAUUCAACCCAGAUGAUGCCAUAAUGGAGUGGAUGACAAGCAGCACUGGUAGACGUUUGGGGUAUUCUCGAAAGAGGAAGGUACCAGAGGAUGAGUCACAGGUCACAGACAUGACAGCACCAGGUCCAUCAACCAGUGAUGAAGGAGAAGCUACUUCUGAUAUGGUUUCUGACAAAGAGGAUCUCCAGGAUUGCAGUGAUGAUGAGAUGAACGAAGAAGUCGUUUAUCACAUGUUAAAGAGUUUUGAUUAA